AUGGCGGUCCAUCCAACCCUCAACGCUAGCCCGGCACCUGGGUCAACGGCAACAACGUCGAACGCUCUCACGCCGCAGCAGGUUUACGCGAUCUCAAGCUGGUCGGAGCAGGCCAUCGAGAGCCUGUCUCUCGAGUCCUCGCCGAUUCCCUAUCGCAAUUCCGCGCCCCUGACCAUCCCGCUGGAUGAUGACGUGCCGCAGCCGGCCACGCCUACUCCUGUACGGUUGAGACGCAGCGUCCGCGUUGCAGAGGACACCACCGGCACCGGCUCUGCUACUGCUGCUGGGUCAUCGACAUACAGACGCAGAGAGCCACUGCGCCGCGAUAGCUUGAAGCGUCGCGAGUCGUUGCUCAAGGGCAAGGAAGGAAGCCGACGACGGCAGCGCUGGGAGAACGGUACGUCGCAUCUUCAUUUUUCUUCACGGUACUCUAACUGGGUGGGUGGAAUGACUGACCUAUUUGACCUCUUAAUAGACCGUCUGCUGAGCAAUCCGUGGGCUCAGCCUCCAUCAGCAAACGACUGGGAAAUCCAACCUACGUAUCCACGUCAUAAUCCGGUCCCCUACUAUCUCGCCUCUCUCUGGGACUCCCAUCAAGCCGCAAAGGAACAAGCCCGUCGCAAAUCGAAGAGGGAACAGGGCAUAUCCGAGAAGAAGAAGAAGAAGGAAAAGGCACACGGAGAUGCAAAGGCCUCUCAUCCCAAUGCUGAGCUCGAUAAGAUAUCCAAGGAGUUGCGGGCUAAACUGAAGCAUGCUCGAGCUGCGCGAGGACUGGUUCAGGAGCUAGAAGAGGAGAUCCGGCUGUUUGUGCAAGAAUGGAUUGAGACCCGGACCUGGCGACAGACGAGAGAAUCAGAGAGUGACUGCUGUAGUGAUAACAGCUCAAGUGACGACGAUGAGGUUGUUUUUGCUGGUCGCAAGGUGAAUCCCUCUACUCGAAAACAGAGACGGUCAUCUCGAGCGGUGUCUGGCGAGAAGAUGGUGUUUGAAAGCCCAGCCGAAGAUCGAGCUGCUGGUUUCGGACGAUGGCUUGUUCACUCUCUGGCAUCUUACUACGGCCUUCGAACAUGGUCCGUGACUGUUGGCAAUCCUCCUCGCCGUGAAGCGUAUGUGGGGAUCGACGAGGUCUCACAAGGCCUUCUAGCUGCUGCUGGCCGGGGAUUUCCAGGCAGCAAACCCGAUGGAAUUCUCCCCCGGCCUCUAUGGGUAUCGAUGUAG